AUGAGAAAUAGAAGAUCCCAAAGAACCGAAGAACAAAUCCAGCAACAAAAUGCUGAUGCACGUGUGAGCAUUGCGCAAUUGCGUCAAGAACAAUCAGAAGAUACAGGAGCUGAACGCAAUGAAGUAAUAAGAUUAGAACAACGACAAUCACGCCGUUUCACAGUCAAAAGACGCAGAACAAAUGACCAACAACGCCAACAGUUACAUCGAGCACUUAAGUGCCCAUUACAUUAUCCAAUUUGCAGAGCGCUAGGUGAACUAGCGUACUAA